AUGGAUGAAAUGUUUGACGUGUUCGAGGGCAAGGCGGAGCCCCCCAGCGCCAGCGAAGACGAGAGAGUGCCCCAGAGGAGUCGCAGCCGAGCCCAGAGCAAGAAGCGAAAGGCCGACGAGGCCAUGAACGGAAAUGCCGACGCCGACAUGGACGGGACCAACGACGACGCCGACACCGGCAUGGCUGAUGCCGCCGAGACGUCCCGAGACGAGGCCUCCGAGGGCGAGGACGACUCUGAGGCGCCUGAUCACCAGGACAAGAAGCGGCGCAAGAAGACGGACGAGGCCGGCCCGGUCAUGACGGACAACUUCCAGACGGCAGAGUCAAGAGAGGUCGCGGGCGCCUCGACGUUUGUGUCGCAGGACUCAUCGCUCGUGCUGUCACACAACAUCCAGCACCAGGUCGCCCUGCCGCCGGAUCUCAACUACGAAUACAUUCCCCUCUCAGAGCACAAGUCCCCCGAGGAGCCGGCGCGGACAUACCCCUUCAAGCUGGAUCCCUUCCAGAGCCUGUCUGUCGCAUCGAUUGAGCGCGAAGAGAGCGUCCUGGUAUCGGCGCAUACAAGUGCCGGAAAGACGGUGGUGGCAGAGUAUGCGGUUGCGCAGUGCCUCAAGCGCAACCAGAGGGUCAUCUACACCAGUCCCAUCAAGGCCUUGAGUAACCAGAAAUAUCGAGACUUCGAGGCCAUCUUCGGCGACGUGGGCCUGAUGACGGGUGAUGUCACCAUCAAUCCCACGGCCAGCUGCCUGGUCAUGACGACGGAGAUUUUGCGGUCGAUGCUGUACCGCGGUUCGGAGAUUAUGCGCGAAGUGGCCUGGGUCGUGUUUGACGAGAUCCACUACAUGCGAGACAAGACGCGAGGCGUGGUGUGGGAGGAGACCAUCAUCAUGCUUCCCGACAAGGUCCGAUAUGUUUUCCUCUCGGCCACCAUUCCGAACGCCUUCCAGUUCGCCGAAUGGAUUGCCAAGAUCCACCACCAAGCGUGUCACGUCGUCUACACCGAUUUCAGACCUACCCCUCUACAAAACUACUUUUACCCCAUGGGAGGAAAGGGCGCGAGAAUGGUGGUUGACGAGAGGGGCACCUUCAACGAGGAGAACUUUAACCUUGUCAUGGCAGAGGUGGAAGAGAAGAAGGGCUCCGAUCCGGCCGACUUCAACGCCAAGAUGAAAGGAAAAGGAAAGAAUAAGAAGACGAACAAGGGCGGCGCCGACGAGGGCUCCGACAUUAACAAGAUCAUUCGGAUGACGGUCAGGAAGAACUUCAACCCCGUCAUUGUGUUCAACUUCUCCAAGCGGGAGUGCGAGAACAUGGCCCUCAAGAUCUCCAACCUCAACUUCAACGACGAUUCGGAAAAGGCAAUGGUCAACAAGGUCUUCCAGAGUGCUAUUGAGAGCUUGUCAGAAGCGGACCGCGAGCUGCCGCAGAUCCAGAACCUCCUACCAUUGCUGCAAAAGGGCGUCGGCGUCCAUCACUCGGGUCUUCUGCCCAUUCUCAAGGAGACGAUCGAGAUUCUGUUCCAGGAGUCCUUGAUCAAGGUUCUCUUUGCGACCGAGACCUUUUCUAUCGGCCUCAACAUGCCUGCCAAGACCGUCGUCUUCACUCAAGUCACAAAGUGGGACGGUGUCCAGAGACGCCCCAUCACCUCUUCCGAAUACGUUCAGAUGGCGGGACGUGCUGGUCGUCGUGGCCUCGAUGCCCGCGGUGUGGUCAUCAUGAUGAUUGACGACAAGCUCGAGCCAGAGGUGGCCAAGCAGAUUGUCACCGGUCAGCAAGACAGACUCAACUCGGCCUUUUACCUCGGAUACAACAUGAUCCUCAACCUGCUCCGAAUCGAGGCCAUCUCACCCGAGUUCAUGCUGGAGCGAUGCUUCCACCAGUUCCAGAAUGCGGCUAGCGUCCCUGCCCUGGAGAAGGACCUGAUGGCGCUGCAGCAGGAGAAGGACGCUCUCACGAUACCCGACGAGGCCACUGUCAAGGACUACUACACGAUCCGACAACAGCUCAACACGUACACCAAGGACAUGCGAGCGGUCAUUCAGCACCCAAACUACUGCCUUCCCUUUUUGCAACCCGGCCGCCUUGUCCAGAUCCACAACGUCAAGGAGUCGGCGGAGAAGCUUGGUGGUGGGCUCGACUUUGGCUGGGGCGUCAUAACCGAUCAGUAUGCGCGACGACCCCCCAAGCUGGGCGAGCCCGAAUACCCGCCUCAGGAGUCUCACAUCAUCGAGGUCCUCCUGUACAUUUCCAAGUCGAGCGCCGACAUCAUCCCCGGCCACCUGGCUGGCGACAUACCGCCCGGCCUGAAGCCGGCAGCCGACGAGGACGACGGCAUGUUUGCGGUUGUCCCCUGUCUCCUCACCUGCAUCAAGGCCAUCAGCCAGAUUCGCGUCUUCAUGCCCAAGGACGGCCUCAAGUCCGAUGACGACCGUAGAGAUGCUGGCAAGGCGCUUAGCGAAGUGCAGCGCCGCUUCCCCGACGGCGUGCCCAUUCUGGACCCGCUGGAGAACAUGGACAUUACGGAUGAAUCGUUUAAGCAGCUUCUCCGCAAGAUUGAAGUGCUCGAGUCCAGGCUUGUGGCGAACCCUCUGCAUCUCUCGCCCUUGCUCCCGUCACUGUGGGACCAGUAUCACGCCAAAGUGCAGAUCCUGGACAAGAUCAAGGAGAAGAAGAAGGAGAUUGCCAAGGCUCACAGCAUUGCGCAGAUGGACGAGCUCAAGUCGCGCAAGCGUGUGCUGCGUCGUUUGGGAUUCAUCAACGAUGCCGAAGUCGUCCAGCUCAAGGCCCGCGUCGCCUGCGAGAUCUCCUCCACUGAGGGCCACGAGCUGCUCCUGUCCGAGCUCCUCUUUGAUCGCUUCUUCAACGAGAUGACGCCCGAGCUGAUUGCCGCUGUUCUCAGCUGCUUCGUCUUUGACGAGAAGCUGGAGGCCCAGGCGCUCAAGGAGGAGCUGCAGAAGCCCUUCCGUGAGAUCCAGGCCAAGGCCCGCAUGAUUGCCAAGGUCAGCCAGGAGUCUAAGCUGGACGUCAACGAGGACCAGUAUGUGCAGAGCUUGAAGUGGCAGCUCAUGGAGACUGUGUAUGCAUGGGCACAGGGACGAACCUUUGCUGAGAUUUGCAAAAUGGCCAACGUGUACGAAGGCUCAUUUAUCCGCAUCUUCCGCCGUCUCGAGGAGCUCAUCCGACAGAUGGCCCAGGCCGCCAAGGUCAUGGGCAAUGACGACCUCAUGAAGAAGUUUGAAGAGUCUCUGCAGAAGAUUCGGAGAGACAUUGUGGCCGCCCAGAGCUUGUACCUGUAAAGCAAAGGGCACGGACAUUGUUCAAAAAGUUCAUAUGAUGGGAGAUGGAUGGAAAAGGUCGUUGCGUCGGGUUUCAUUUAGAGUUAUUUGUAGAUACCUCUUUUUUUUCCUUUGUCUUUUUUCUUGACUAACUUGUUGCUCUGGCAUCAAUCAUGGCUGGUGGAGUUUGGGAGCUUGGGGGAUGAAAAAGAAUUGUUCCUUUU